CUGCCCCGAACCAAUAUGGCUGCGCCCACGCAGGCCGUUCUGCUCCCUUGAUCUAUACAGAGCUGAUCGCCGAGGCCGCUUUCUCCGGGGUCAUCGGCACGAUGGCGCUGCAGGCGCGGGGCCGGAACCUGUUGGCUCUAUGCAGGAAGCCCGGGUUUCGGUUAGCGCCCCUCAUCACUAGCCCCAACCCGGCCGCGGCGCCAGAGGGGGACACGAAGGAAAAUGAGGCGAUCGCGCCGGAAUUCACCAACCGGAACCCCCGCAAUCUGGAGCGCUUGGCCCUGGCCCGGAAGGAGAGGGGCUGGGGCACGGUGUGGCCGCCCCGGGCCUAUUGGCACAGGUUGCGAGUUCAGAGGACCCAGCACCAUAUAGAAGCUUUUGUUGAGCAUCAUGAUGGAAAUGUUGUGGUUUCAGCAUCCACCCGAGAAUGGGCUAUUAAGAAGCACCUCUACACAACUCGAAGUGUUAAUGCCAGUGAGAAUAUUGGACGGGUUCUGGCCCAGCGGUGUCUGGAGGCCGGAAUCAACUUCAUGGUCUUCUAUCCCACUUCUUGGGAAUCAUCCUCAGAAUCGAUACAGCGACUACAGAAUGCCAUGAAAGAAGGUGGGGUGGUGCUACAGGAACCCCGAAGAAUCUAUGAAUAAAGGAGAGAUUUAAUUUCUUUUGGACUUUUAAUUAAAAAAAAAUCAGCUGAUACCCUUUUAUCAAGAGACAGGAACUUGAGGGAUAAUCACCUUGGUGUUUUACAGUAUAAUAAAUGUGACAGUUUUUUUUAAUGGUUUUUUCUUUUGUGACUUUUAUUCAAGCUAAAUCCAUCUCUCUUCUGAAUCUAAUUUUAGUUGUUUUUCAGACACAUUCUCUUUCAAGCAUGAAAUCUGGCUGAUUUUAAAGUGUGAGUUAAAUGCUGUAAUUCAAAGAUUAAAAAAUAUCAGAAGAUUGUUAAAUA